CAAAGCUGUUCUCACCAGGGAGCUGGUCCUGCAAAAUCUCAUCAAGAUGUCGUGCUACCUACACCAAUGCCUCCCUCCGGUCUACCAGGACCCCAUCCCCAUCAAGUGCCCGUCGAUGUACGCUGCCAGACACCUGCCAGUGCCUACCUGGCACUCGGCACCGUACAUCCCACAAUAUGUGACCCCCUGCGUCCCCCGGCAGCGGAUCAUGUCCUCCAGCUUCUCCCAACAGCAGUGUGUGACCAAGUGUGUGCCGCGCCAGCAGUAUGCAACCAAGUGCGUCCCGCAGCAGCAGAGUGUGAUCCAGCGCAUCCUACAGCAGCCAUGUGUAACUCGGUGCGUGACGACCUGCGUGCCGCAGCAGCAGCGCGUGACCAGCGGUGUGUCACAGCAGCCUUGUGUGACCAGGUGUGUGCCACAGCAGCAGCAGCGCGCGACCCCGGGUGCGCCGCAAGAGAGCGCAACCAACUGCGUGGCCACCUCUGCCCCCCAGCAGCAGUGUGCCACCAGGUGCGUGACCACAUGUGUACCACAGCAGCCGUACCUGGCCAAAGGCAUCCCACAGGAGCAGUGUGCGACCAAGUGCGUCCCGCAGCAGUGUGUGACCACAUACAGCCCCCAGCAGCAGUGUCCCACCAGGUGUGUCACCACGUGUGUCCCGCAGCAGCGUGCCACCAAGUUUGUCUCACACCGCUUUGUGACCUCCUGUGCCCCGCAGCAGUGUGCCACCACGUACGUCCCGCAGCAGUGUGCAACCAGGUGUGUGACCAAGUGUGUCCCACAGCAGUGUGCUACCAAGUGUGCUACCAUUUGUGUCCCACAGCAGUGUGAGACAGCUGAUGGCCCACAGCAGCAGUGUGUCACCAAAUGUGUCCCACAGCAGCAAUGUCCCACCAAAAGUGUCCCACAGCAGCAGUGCGCGACCAAGUGUGUCCCGCAGCAGCAGUGUGCCACCAAAAGUGUCCCACAGCAGCAGUGUGCCACUAAGUGUGUCCCACAACAGCAGCAGUGCACGACCAAGUGUGUCAUGCAGCAGCAGUGUGCCACUAAGUGUGUCCCACAGCAGCAGUGUGCCACCAAAAGUGUCCCACAGCAGCAGUGUGCCACUAAGUGUGUCCCACAACAGCAGCAGUGCGCGACCAAAAGUGUCCCACAGCAGCAGUGUGCCACUAAGUGUGUCCCGCAGCAGCAGUGUGCCACCAAAAGUGUCCCACAGCAGCAGUGUGCCACUAAAUGUGUCCCACAGCAGCAGUGUGCCACCAAGCGUGUCCCGCAGCAGCAGUGUGCCACUAAGUGUGUCCCACAGCAGCAGUGCGUGACCAAGUGUGUCCCGCAGCAGCAGUGUGCCACUAAGUGUGUCCCGCAGCAGCAGUGCGUGACCAAGUGUGUCCCACAGCAGCAGUGUGCCACCAAGUGUGUCCCACAGCAGCAGUGCGUGACCAAGUGUGUCCCACAGCAGCAGUGUGCCACCAAGUGUGUCCCACAGCAGCAGUGUGCCACUAAGUGUGUCCCGCAGCAGCAGUGUGCCACUAAGUGUGUCCCACAGCAGCAGUGUGCCACUAAGUGUGUCCCGCAGCAGCAGUGUGCCACCAAGUGUGUCCCACAGCAUCAGUGUGCCACUAACUGUGUCCCACAGCAGUGUCAGUCAGGUGGAGUAAAAAUUUCAAGUCACUCUAAAAAGUAUUGUUCUGCAUCCAAAUGGCCCUGGUAAAAAGGAGCCGGGGAAAGGAAGGUCCAUGGAAAAAAAGCGAGGCACAGCUUUGGGGCAGGGGUUACUUAGCUCCUCAUACCACCUGCCAACUAGUUCCUAUUGCUUAAGUCUGCUUUAUCUCUGUUUUCCAGUAUUUCCCCUGUAGCUCAGCUCCGUUUUGGGCCAGGGUGUGAUACUAUUUCCAUUGCUGCGCUCCAGGUGCCUGUGGCUUGUAUGUUAAUCUGCUACAAGGCAAAGAUUAGUGGGAUGUUGUUAAAUCCUCACCUAAUUGAAGUGAAUAGUGAUUUAAAAAAAAAAAAAAUUUAAAAAAAGAAAUAGAAAUGUCUAAGGAGUCUAGGUCAUGAGAGCAUCAAAAGGGCUGGCAGUGUGGCCAGUGGAGCUCUCGCCCAUGCCUGGCUCUGGGUUUAGUCCUGGCCUUGGAAGACAAUAUUCAGGUUAACUUGGAUUCCACGAGGCUGUGAGUGGUCCAAACCAGCUGCUUUCACUCAUGGAUUUGGAAGCCAAAUGUAAAUUUGCUGAGCAAACUGUGUACAAAUCUCACUCCAAUGGCCUUCAUUUCAGAAGGUGGCCAGAAAUCCCCGCUGCUUUAAAACACUGACUCUGCACUGACUUCAGUAGAGUCCUCAAACAAGACAGGAUUUCUGGCUCACUGAAGUUUGUCCUUGCUGAAAUUUUAUACAUGUAAGUUUUUAUUCACUUGGUUGCUGUAAUUAAUAUUGAAAACACAACUUGAAACAAAAGAAAGUCUUUGAAACAACACUGAAAGUUGUAGCACGACUAUUUUAUAAAAGUUUGAGCUAUAAAAACAAUUAACUAUAUUCUUUAUGCUGCCUGAAGAUGUGUACUCUACGCUGUAUUGAAAACAAACCAUAUAUAUAUAUGUAUACUUAUAUUAUACAUAUAUAUAUACACUAAAAUAAAUACAGUUGUCUGAAC